AUGCUCCAACAAAUGCGCAGUCUGUCUGUGGUCGCCCUUGCGGCCCUCCUCUUCCUCUCGCCGGUAUCAUGCACCACUUCGUCGCAAAAGCCACCAGGCGAAAAUGCCAUCCUUCUAUCCAAGGUACAAACCUUGACUCUCCGCGGAAACCGCAUGACCAGCUCGCGCCGCGUCUCGCCAAUUCCCCAGCUCAAGUGCAUUGGCCCCUCGAAGAAAGUAUGCGAUCUAUACCCAAUCGAAACGAUGCGCUGCACGAAUCAAGGCUACGACUACGACGAAGAAGACGUCCAGUGGACCUGCACGGCAUCGCUACCACCCGAGCUCAAGCUUGGUGCCACGGACGUCGUGUGUGAAGGAUAUCGGAAUGCAGAUGAUAAGUGGGUGCUCAAAGGCAGCUGUGGGGUGGAGUAUCGGCUGCUGUUGACGGAGAAGGGAGAGGAGAGAUUUGGGAAAGCCUACGGGAACUCAGACUGGUCUUUAGGGAACCUGGGCAGAAAAGUGUCUGGGGAUGGCUACCGAAAGGUGCUGGCCAUUCUGGGAGACUUGAUCUUCUUCGGGUUCGUGGCUGUCGUCUUCGUCCUGGUCUUGUGGCCUAUGCUUGCUGAUUGUUUCGGCCUGCGAAGAGGCCAGAGGCGCCGAGGCAUGGGGCGUCGACCGGGAGGAUUCUGGGGAGGUGGUGAUGACGACGACUAUCCAGGCCCCCCACCCCCGUACAGCAGGUACGCUGAUAGCUAUAAGCCUGCGUUUGGAGGUCGGCAAUCCGGACAAGGCUGGGGACCGGGUUUCUGGACAGGGGCGCUUGGUGGUGCGGCGGCGGGCUACGGGAUCGGCAGACGUGCCGGCAGUGGAAAUGGUUCUUCGCAACGGGGCGCAUCCUUCGGCGGAUUCAAUGGUUCUGACCCAGGUGAAGGUAGCUCGCGGUCUGCACCGCAAUUUUCAUCCACGACGUCCAGCACCGGGUUCGGAUCGACACGGCGUCGGUGA